AUGACCAGCGUGAAUGUGGAAGCGGCGAAGACCGAGGAAGCCAAGAUGUCCAAAGUGUUUAAGAUUCUGGCAAUAGUUUCAGCCCUGCUAAGUGUAUUAAUAAUUGCAGCGCUGGUCGCUUUUGUAAUAGUCUUUUACCUCCCUCACAAGUGCACGGACAGUGAAGCUUGCAGAAGAUCUGAAUAUACAGCCUGUGGAUGUGGCCAACGAAAAACCAGAUCUGACAGGAUUGUCGGUGGAUCAAGCACGUAUGAUGGCGAGUGGCCAUUUAUAGUCAGUUUACAGCUCAAUGGUCAACACAGCUGUGGAGCAACACUCAUCUCCUGUCGAUGGAUUUUAUCAGCUGCCCAUUGCUUCAGAAAAGGACGUGCAGAAAACUGGGUUGCAGUAUUUGGAGUCCAUUUCUUGGAUCAAACAUCAAACAAUAUCCAGACACGAACAAUUAAAACAAUAAAGUUUCCUUCUAAUGGAACAACUGCCUCUAAUUACGAUGUUGCCCUACUGGAAUUGUCCCAGUCAGUUGAAUACACAAACUUUGUCCAACCAGCUUGUCUACCUGCAGCCACGACUCCCAUUUCUGGCCAAUCAUGUACAACGAUUGGAUGGGGACAAACAAAUGAAAAUGUUGGAUCGUCAAGUGAUGAGCUUUUGAAGACUGAAGUGAAGGUAUUCACCAACACCCAGUGCCGGAAGAAGAUGCCAACUAUAACUCCACACAUGAUUUGUGCAGGUGUACCUGAAGGAGGCAGAGAUGCAUGUCAGGGUGAUUCUGGAGGACCAUUGCUGUGCCAAGAUGAGAAUUCUCAUGCGUGGAUAGUUGCAGGAGUUAUUUCCUCUGGAGUAGGCUGUGGAAGACCUGAACAUCCAGGAAUAUAUACACAGACAGCAGCUGUUCAGGAAUGGAUCAAGGAUGUAAUACAAUAACGAGUGCUGCUGGCAGCCUAAUAUGACCAUCAUUGUCUUUGACUGUUGCUAAUGACUGGGGUAGCACUCGGCUACAGCACUGUUGUGAACUGCUUCAUGCUACAUUGAAGUUGGAACUGCUUCAUGCUACAUUGGAAUGUAAAACAUGUUGCUUUGUAAAAGCUUUGUCCUGAUUUUGGACCAGAUUGUAAAGAAUCUCAUUUUGAGGAACUGGAUUUUAAACUAUGCAGCCUUGUAUUCGACCAGUUAUAACAUAAUCUUGUGUAUUCUCACUUUGGUAUUGUUUUUAGUAAUAUUGCUACGCAUCACAUCAGUUGCUUAAAUUAACCUCCUUAGAAAUCUGACAUUAUCUUAAAAUGCAAGUUUGGGUUAUUAAUGUUAUUUUAAUAUUUUGGAACUCGUGAGCUAAUUUCCCAUUGCAAGUGGUGGAAUAUUGAAUGUUACAAUGUGACUACUUGUAAAUUAUACUGUA